AAAAGAUAAAUCGUGUCCGUCUGAACUUAGUUUCUUUUUCCAUUAAGACGAUCAAAAAGCUUGGGAAGACGAUUCUCGAUCUCGACGAAAAAGAAGCGAAGAACGUGACUGAGAGGUAAUAAUAACAGAAGAGGUUAUCGUUCCGGUUUUUGUUUCGUUUCAUUGUUCUGAUUUUUGUGAAUUUUGGGGUUUCUGUUUCCGAUUUGGUGAUGGCGAGUUUCGGUGGUGGUGAUAUGAAUGAAUCUUCUGGAGAACCGGAGAGUCUCAGGGGAAGGAUUGAUCCUAAAUCCUUUGGUGAUCGUGUUGUUAAGGGGAAGCCUCUGAACAAAUCUAAGAAGAAGAAGGAGCGUGAUGUUGAUGAUUUGGUAUCUGCUCGUGAGGGUAAGAGACGUCGUCUUAGGGAGGUGAGUGUGCUAACUGAUACAGAUGAUGGUGGUGUUUAUCAGCCCAAGACUAAGGAGACGAGGGCUGCUUUUGAGUUUAUGCUUGGUCUUAUUCAAAUUCAAUUGGGUGGGCAGCCUCUGAAUGUUGUUUGUGGUGCGGCUGAUGAGAUUUUGGCUGUUCUCAAGAACGAUUCCCUCAAAAGCCAUGAGAAGAAGAUGGAGAUCGAGAAACUACUGAACGUUAUUUCUGAUCAAGAUUUCAACCAGUUUGUUACGGUUGGGAAAAUUAUUACGGAUUAUCAAGAGGUUGGUGAUUCUUUAAUUGGCUAUGCUAGUGAGGAUGAUGUUGGUGUCGCUCUUGAGUUCGAAGAAGAUGAUAAGGAGGAGAGGGAUCUGCAGGAGGAAGAAGAAGAUGAUGAGGAGGAUGAAGAUGCUGUUGAACCUAACAAAAGUGGAGGUUCCCAGGUGGAUGCAAGACAUGGAAAGGAGGACACAAGUCUUAAUGUUCAGGACAUUGAUGCCUACUGGCUACAGAGAAAGAUAUCUCAAGAAUAUGAGCAGAAGAUUGAUGCACAAGAGUGCCAAAAACUCGCACAAGAGCUGCUUAAUAUACUUGCUGAGGGUAGUGAUAGGGAUGUUGAGAUCAAGCUGCUUGAGCACCUUCAGUUUGAAAAGUUCACUCUUGCUAAAUUUCUGCUGCAAAACCGUCUGAAAAUUGUGUGGUGCACCCGUUGGUCUAGGGCAAGAGACCAGAUGGAGAGGAAUCAAAUUGAGGAGGAGAUGACGGGGUUGGGACCAGAGUUGGCAGCGAUUGUGGAGGAGUUGCAUGUAAAAAGAGCAACAGCCAAAGAAAGGGAGGAGAAACGGGAGAGAGAUAUCAAAGAAGAGGCUCGACUUCUUAAGGAUAAUCAUUCUGGUGGUGAUGGAGACAGAAGCAUGAAAAAUGUUGAUUUAGAGAAUGGUUGGUUGAAGGGUCAGCGUCAGGUGCUGGACCUGGAGAGCCUUGCUUUUAACCAAGGUGGUUUCAUGAGGCAGAAUAAGAAUUGUGAGCUUCCCGAUCGCUCUUACAGAGUUCGUGGCAAGGAAUUUGAUGAGGUUCAUGUGCCAUGGGUUUCUAAAAAGGUUGAUAGUAAUGAAAAGCUUGUGAAAAUAAGCGAUAUGCCAGAUUGGGCCCAACCAGCUUUUAGGGGAAUGCAGCAGUUGAACAGGGUUCAGAGCAAAGUGUAUGGGACUGCUCUUUUUAAGGCAGAGAACAUUCUUCUUUGUGCUCCAACUGGUGCGGGGAAGACCAAUGUUGCUGUGCUCACCAUAUUGCACCAGCUUGCAUUGAAUAUGAAUCCAGAUGGAACAUUUAAUCAUGGGAAUUACAAAAUCGUCUAUGUUGCACCUAUGAAAGCCCUCGUUGCUGAGGUUGUGGAUAAUCUAUCUGAGCGCUUGAAGGAUUAUGGAGUUACGGUGAAGGAACUCAGUGGGGAUCAGUCCCUUACUGGGCAUGAAAUCAAAGAGACUCAGAUAAUUGUUACAACGCCAGAGAAGUGGGAUAUUGUCACCAGGAAAUCGGGAGAUCGAACUUAUACUCAGCUUGUGAGACUUCUUAUAAUUGACGAAAUUCAUCUUCUCAAUGACAGUCGAGGGCCUGUGCUUGAAAGUAUUGUUGCUAGAACGCUUAGGCAGAUUGAAACCACAAAGGAGCAUAUUCGUCUGGUGGGUUUAUCGGCAACACUGCCAAAUGAUGAAGAUGUGGCGUUGUUUUUGCGGGUGGAUCUUAAAAGUGGGUUGUUUAAAUUUGACCGCAGCUACAGACCUGUGCCUCUUGAGCAGCAGUAUGUAGGAAUUAAUGUGAAAAAACCGUUACGGAAGUUCCAAUUGAUGAAUGAGAUUUGUUAUCAGAAAGUAUUAGCUGGUGCUGGGAAACAUCAAGUCCUUAUUUUUGUCCAUUCCAGGAAGGAAACAGCAAAAACUGCUAGAGCAAUACGGGACACCGCAAUGGCAAAUGAUACCCUCAGCAGAUUCUUGAAGGAAGAUAGUCAAAGUUAUGAAAUUCUUCAGAGUCUGGUUGGACUUCUCAAGAAUAGUGACCUGAAAGAGCUUCUGCCUUAUGGAUUUGCAAUUCAUCAUGCUGGGUUGACAAGGACUGAUCGCCAGAUAGUUGAGGAUCAAUUUCGUUUAGGAAAUUUGCAAGUGCUGAUUUCCACGGCAACUCUUGCCUGGGGUGUGAAUUUGCCUGCUCAUACUGUCAUUAUCAAAGGAACCCAAGUCUAUAAUCCUGAGAGAGGGGCGUGGAUGGAGUUGAGUCCUCUAGAUGUUAUGCAGAUGAUUGGUCGUGCCGGAAGACCUCAAUAUGACCAACGUGGGGAGGGAAUCAUAAUCACUGGAUACAGCGAGCUGCAGUAUUAUCUUCGUUUGAUGAAUGAGCAACUACCAAUUGAAAGCCAGUUUAUCUCCAAACUUGCUGAUCAGCUCAAUGCUGAAAUUGUGCUUGGGACAGUUCAGAAUGCUAAAGAAGCUUGCCACUGGCUUGGCUAUACAUAUUUAUACAUCCGUAUGGUUCGUAAUCCGACACUGUAUGGCUUACCGCCUGAUGCCCUUGCAAAAGACGUAUUAUUAGAGGAGAGAAGAGCUGACCUGAUACAUUCUGCUGCUAAUAUCUUGGACAAGAACAACCUGAUUAAGUAUGACAGGAAAAGUGGACACUUCCAGGUUACUGAUUUGGGACGCAUUGCUAGCUACUACUACAUAACCCAUGGAACAAUAGCUACAUAUAAUGAGAAUAUGAAGCCAACAAUGAGUGAUAUAGAGCUUUGCCGUCUGUUCUCACUGAGUGAGGAGUUCAAGUAUGUCACUGUUCGACAAGACGAGAAGAUGGAACUGGCAAAACUUCUGGAUCGUGUACCGAUCCCUGUCAAGGAAACACUAGAAGAUUCUGAUGCAAAGAUCAAUGUUUUGCUGCAAGUAUAUAUUUCAAAGCUAAAGCUCGAGGGUCUUUCUUUGUCAUCUGAUAUGGUUUAUAUUACCCAGAGUGCUGGACGUCUCCUACGAGCUAUUUUUGAGAUUAGUUUGAAGAGGGGGUGGGCUCAACUGUCUGAAAAAGCUCUUAACUUGUCUAAAAUGGUAGGGAAGAGGAUGUGGAAUGUUCAGACACCACUCCGGCAGUUUCUUGAAAUUCCAAAGGAGGUUCUGAUGAAGUUGGACAAGAAUGAUCUGGUGUGGGAGAGAUACUAUGAUCUAUCUUCACAGGAGUUAGGAGAGCUUAUUCGUAAUCCUAAGAUGGGCAGAAAAAUUCACAAGUUCAUCCAUCAGUUUCCAAAACUGAAUCUUAGAGCACAUGUUCAGCCGAUUUCUCGUUCUGUUCUACAAGUGGAGCUCACCGUAACACCUGAUUUUCAGUGGGAUGACAAAUUACAUCAAAAUGUUGAACCAUUUUUGAUAAUGGUGGAAGACAGUGAUGGUGAAAAGAUACUUCAUUACGAGUAUUUCCUUUUGAAAAAGCAGUAUAUUGAUGACGACCACACGUUGAACUUCACUGUACCAAUCUCUGAGCCAGUUCCCCCACAGUAUUUCAUUCGAGUGGUUUCAGACAAAUGGCUUGACUCGCCGACUGUGUUACCUAUAUCUUUCAGGUAUCUUAUUCUUCCAGAAAAGUAUCCACCACCUACGGAGCUACUGGACUUGCAGCCCCUCCCGGUGAUGGCCCUAGGGAACCCGUCCUAUGAAACUUUGUAUCAGGAUUUCAAGCAUUUCAAUCCAGUGCAGACUCAGGUCUUUACUGUUUUGUAUAACACAAGUGACAAUGUAUUGGUUGCUGCUCCCACAGGAAGUGGGAAGACUAUAUGUGCGGAGUUUGCUAUAUUGAGGAAUCAUCUUGAAAGACCUGAUUCUGUAAUGCGUGUUGUCUAUAUUGCACCUCUUGAGGGUAUUGCUAAGGAAAGGUUUUGUGAUUGGGAGAAAAAGUUCGGAAAGGGGCUUGGUUUACGGGUUGUUGAGUUAACUGGGGAGACGGUAUUAGAUCUUACUCUGCUUGAGAAGGGUCAGAUAAUUAUAAGUACUCCUGAGAGAUGGGACGCUCUGUCCCGAAGGUGGAAUCACAGAAAAUAUAUUCAGCAGGUUAGUUUGUUCAUCGUUGAUGAGCUUCAUUUAAUUGGGGGUCAAGGUGGUCCAGUAUUGGAGGUAAUUGUCUCAAGAAUGAAAUAUAUUUCAAGUCAGGUCGGGAACAAGAUGAGGAUUGUUGCAUUAUCAACUUCCCUUGCAAAUGCCAAAGAUCUUGGGGAGUGGGUUGGGGCCAGUUCAUGUGGCAUUUUCAAUUUUCCGCCUAAUAUUCGCCCUGUCCCACUGGAGAUCCACAUUCAAGGGGUGGACAUAUUGAGUUUUGAAGCGAGAAUGCAGGCGAUGACUAAGCCAACAUACACUGCCAUAGUCCAGCAUGCCAAGAACAAGAAACCGGCUAUCGUUUUUGUCUCGACCCGUAAACAUGUCCGCCUUACUGCUGUGGAUCUGACAGCAUACUCACACAUGGACAACAUGCAGAACCCUGAGUUCCUGUUAGGAAAGCUGGAAGAACUAGAGCCUUUUGUUAACCAAAUUUGCGAGGAAACUCUGAAGGAGACUUUGCGCCAUGGUAUUGGCUACUUACAUGAGGGUUUAAGCAGUAUUGAUCAGGAGAUUGUGACUCAGCUUUUUGAAGCAGGACGGAUUCAGGUGUGUGUAAUGUCUAGUUCAUUGUGUUGGGGUACUCCAUUGAAGGCGCAUUUGGUUGUUGUAAUGGGAACACAAUUCUAUGAUGGACGGGAAAAUUCUCAUUCGGAUUACCCCAUCUCCGAGCUGCUCCAGAUGAUGGGGCGUGCUAGCCGACCUCUGCUUGAUGACACUGGGAAGUGUGUGGUCUUCUGCCAUUCAUCACGUAAAGAGUUUUACAAGAAAUUUCUGUAUGAAGCCAUUCCAGUUGAGAGUCAGUUUCAACAUUUCUUGCAUGAUAAUUUCAAUGCAGAAGUUCAUUCCGGAGUUAUAGAAAACAAGCAAGAGGCUGUGGAUUAUCUUACCUGGAGCUUCAUGUACAGGAGGCUUCCCCAGAACCCUAACUACUACAAUCUCCAGGGAGUGACCCACAGGCAUUUAUCUGAUCACCUCUCAGAGCUCGUUGAAACCACUUUGUCUGAUCUUGAAGUGAGUAAAUGCAUAGAUAUAGAGAAUGAGUUGGAUCUGUUUCCUCUCAAUCUUGGUAUCAUUGCUUCAUAUUAUUACAUCAAUUACACAACCAUUGAGCGAUUCAGUUCUCUCUUGGCUUCCAAGACCAAGAUGAAGGGUCUUAUUGAGAUCUUGGCUUCAGCUUCAGAGUAUGACUUGAUUCCUAUACGUCCUGGUGAAGAGGACGCAGUUAGGAGACUCAUCAAUCACCAGAGGUUCUCGUUUGAAAACCCGAAAUGCACAGACCCUCAUGUGAAGGCAAACGCGCUUCUUCAGGCGCAUUUUUCAAGGCAAAAAAUCAGCGAGAACCUGGCAAUGGAUCAGCGUGAGGUCCUCCUAUCUGCAACUAGACUUCUUAAUGCAAUGGUCGAUGUGAUAUCGAGCAAAAAUUGUCUGAAUCUUGCUCUGUUAGCUAUGGAAGUAAGCCAGAUGGUGACUCAAGGCAUGUGGAAUCGAGACUCCAUACUUCUGCAGCUUCCUCACUUCACAAAGGACUUAGCCAAAAGGUGCCAAGAGAAUCCGGGGAAUAACAUCGAAACCGUUUUUGAUCUUCUGGAAAUGGAAGACGACAAACGCCAAGAGCUUCUCCAAAUGUCAGACGCUCAGCUUCUUGACAUUGCCAGGUUCUGCAACCGCUUCCCCAACAUUGACCUUACAUACGAGAUUGUGGGCGGCAACGAGGUAAGCCCUGGAAAAGAGAUCACAUUGCAGGUAAUGCUGGAGAGAGACAUGGAGGAAAGGACAGAGGUGGGACCUGUGAACGCACCAAGAUAUCCCAAGAUUAAAGAAGAAGGUUGGUGGCUAGUCGUUGGAGAAACCAAGACAAACCAGCUGAUGGCCAUCAAGAAAACCCCUCUGCAACGGAAGGCGGAGGUGAAGUUGGAGUUUGCAGUACCAGCCGAACCAGGAAAGAAGUCGUAUACUCUCUACUUCAUGUGCUAUUCUUACUUGGGUUGUGACCAGGAGUACUCUUUCACUGUUGAUGUCAAAGAUUUUGCAGAUCAGAUGGAAGAAUGAUUUAUGUUUUCUAGUUAGUUUUUUCGUGUCUUUCUUUGUUCUUCUGGUCAUUAGCUACUUGUCUGAUCUUACCUUUUGUAGUCCAACAUUUGAAAGCGAAAUAAAAGAACAGAUUAAGUCCUA